GUGCGCUCUUCCGAUUGCAUAAGGUUACCUAAAGCAGCGGUAACAAUGGAGGCUGUUUCAGCCCCGGUCCGCGGGUCGCACGUCGCAUGUAACGCGGCGUCCUCCUCGCACUGAUGCAGCGGAUCGCCCGCCUCGCUGCAUGCAGGGAGCUCGGCGGCCUCGCGGCUUGCAGGCCCGGGGUCUGCGCCUGGAAGGUGAGCCCGACCUGCAGCAGGCAGCCGGCCGUGCACCGGCAGUGGGCGGUUGUGUGUGCGCGUACUUUUACCGGGGAACCCGGGGGACACGGCCGGAGGUUCUGCAGGCGGAGGUUCGUGUUCGUCGGUCAAAAACAGAGACUGUACAGCUCCCGACCUGGAGCCGACGAGCCGGCGGGGAGUUCCGGCGGUCAGCCCGCCAUCUCCGUGGUUGGCGUCCCUGACCCGAUCACAUGGAUCCGGUGUAAAGUCAUCAUGUUCCUCCUCGAUCUAUACUUUGAGUUAGAUGUAAACUCUGUGGAGUUUGACAGAGGAAUAAAGCAGGCUUUGGUCCAUGUCUCCAACAAGAUGUCCAGAGGCAGAUACCAUGAACUGAAGGGACUAGUGUCCAGUGAGAUGGUAGAAUAUGUUGAGAAGAGGUGCAGGGCUCUCUCUAACGCUCAGAGACAGCAGCUAGCUGUCACAAUGGAUGAUAUUAUACUUGUGCUUCCGGAAGACGUGUCUGUUGUCUUUGAUCAAUAUGGUAGAAAGUUCUGCUUCAUCGUCAUGAGGUUUUGGAUCCUGUCAACACACGAAGGCCCCGACGACCCAGAGGGCACAAAAAUCUUCAAAGUGGCCUCUAGUGAAGACGGCAGCCCACAGAAGAAAAUCGCGACUGCUGUCUACGAAUUCCACCGAGAGCUGACGAGGGGGGCCCCUCCCGACUGGACGGUCACCACUGUUUGGCACUGGCAGUGGAAACUGGCUGAAUAAUCUGACUCGACAUUGUGUGGCCAUUUGUCACUCGUCGGGACGCAGCAGCAGCAGAAGACUAGUGAUUGGCUGAUUUUAUUUAUCCAUGGAUGACAACAUGAAGCUGGACAACAGACCGAGCGAGCAGCAGACUAAAGAGCUGUCCAGUUGGAUCACAUGAAACGGGACCCCGAGCCUUAGCACUGAAGCUGUGCAGACACCUGAAGACCUCAGAACUUUAUGAAACUACAUGAAACAAUCUUCCUACUUGAAGGUCAUCCUUUGAUCCUCAGAUGCCUUACAUUACAUUAGUAAUACAAGUCAAAGUAGAACUAACACUCAUUGAGUGUUUUUAGCGGAGGCCCGCAGAGUGACGAGGUCUCUGGAGGAAGACUUUUAAACUUUAUUUUCCUGAGAAGAAUGUGUCGCCAAAAAAAUAAAAACCUAUGUCCUAUCUUCUUCUGGAGCUUUCAGUCACAAUCUCAGUCUUCCUCUGCAGUGUUGCUUAGUUGACAUGGUGAUGGCCCAGUUGUCACCACGUAACCUAUAGUCAACAUGAAACUUUGGUCACGGAACAAUAGAUGUCAACUGAGCCAUCUCCAUUGCAACUGAUCAACCCUCAGUUGCUAAGGAAGACUGUGAGAUGCAGCUGAAAGCUCACAGAAAAGCAAGUGAUCCUUUAGUCAAUGCUCAACUCUUUGUUGCAUAUAAACUAUUUGAUCAUGGCACCAAAUCAGAGCCUCAACCCAUUAAUUUACAGAGAAAAUCUCGCCUCCCUGCCACAAUCAAUACUUACGAGAUCUCAGCAGCACUAAACCAACAUGCCAGCACUGUACAAAGGUUUGCUGCAUUUCACCCAACAGUUUCUGACCUCAACAUCAACAGGCCAGUGUGCAGCAUUUAAGCCAUGACUCUAUUCUCCACAUGGGAUUCAUGAAACCUAUAGGCGCCCAAAUAUAUUAGUAUUCUGGUACUUGUGAUAAGAAGCAAUGUGAAACAGGAUAAUCCAUUUUCCAUAGUAGGCAGGAGGGGGCGUAUGUUCUGGUACAUGGUUGUCGGCGACGCAGUCGACUUAUUAAAGCAAGUACUUUGCGGGUCGUCAAGAGAUCACAGCACGAGUCUUGUACCAAGUGAAAAUAGUCGCAUAGCAUCGCUGCAAGCAAGAGUGGCAAAUUCCACCAGAAAAAUUCUCCACCUGUUUAACAAACUCAAACAGAGCCUGUGUCUGAGCCCACGGUCGGUGCCAGAAACGUGUCACUUGUCAAAAACAUCACGUCUGACAGGCUCGUGAAUGCUGCGUGUCAUCCCAUUCUGUUAGAGCUUGCUGCAACAUUAUUUAUGUUGACAACAUAUCUGACAAACAGAGAGGAUUCUGUCAUUAGCGGCCGCUAAUUCAUGCAUAAUGAAAUAUGCCGAGGAUUAUUCUAAUUUUCCUGCAUAGUAAUAUGCGGUCUGUGGAAGUUUGCGUGGGGGUUUUUUGGUUCCAGUAGAGCAUGUUGCAGAGUCAUAAUGAGAUUAAAUGAGUGCAGUUAGCUUAGCACGUCAAUAUGCUCAUGGAUAUGGUGGGAGCACAUUAAACAAUUUACCACGCUUGUGCAUCACUCAGUUUAAUGGAAAUUAACAAAAAAACAAAAACAAGUGGUGAAUAUACAAAAAGCUAAUGUUUUUUUAUUAGUUAUUUUACUGUUUUGUAAUGUUCUGACAUGUGGAUCAGUCGCGGAUGCGUGCCAACCUGUUUCAUUAAUCUGGUUAGCGAAACUGAUUGCAAACAAUUCCUUGAACCUCUUUGAGAGUCUCUGUCUGUUUGAAUGUCUGCAUGUGUCUUAGCUCUAAGAAGCCAUAAAUUAAUUGUACUGUCUCUGUAAGACUCUCAUUUGAAGGUUGAGUAAUAGAAUUACGAGAUAAAUAUGCUUGGAAAUCAAAUCUAAUACUCUGACAGAACAAAUGAUAAGGUACGGAGAAUGUGCCUCAGUAUUUACUCAAGUCUUUUAAAAGCAUAGCAGCAGUGUCGCAGGUUUUGUUAUUAAGUCCAAAGAAAUCAAUCAAAGAUUUAACACUGUUUCACAGCAGCUUAGGUGUACCAACAAAAGAUGGCAUGUUGUUUUCACCAAAAAGAAGCAGAAACAUGACAAAUUAGCUGUUUCUCUGCAUGAAAUUAUAUUUUUCAUUUUAAUAACGAAAUUGAUUCUCCAUAAACAGACGUGU